CAGAGGUGAGGCUGUUGUUUAAAAACUUGGAGCCAGGAAAGGAGACCCCUACAUUCAAGGGGAGCUCUCAGGCAAUCUGGAGAAAGAACAGCAGCAGCACAGAGUGAGGUGAGGCCCAUUCUGGGGAGCACCCCAUUGGCUGAAGAUGAGGCCACUCCUGCUCCUGUUCUUUGCCUUGCCCAGCUUCCUGUGUGCCCAGCAAGACUGUUCCCGUGGGGCCUGCUAUCCACCUGUUGGGGAUCUGCUUGUUGGGAGGACCCAGUUUCUCCGAGCUUCAUCCACCUGUGGACUAACCAAGCCUGAGACCUACUGCACCCAGUAUGGCGAGUGGCAGAUGAAAUGCUGCAAGUGUGACUCCAGGCUGCCUCACAAUUACAACAGUCACCGAGUGGAGAAUGUAGCAGCAUCCUCAGGCCCCAUGCGCUGGUGGCAGUCACAGAAUGAUGUGAACCAUGUAUCUCUGCAACUGGACUUGGACAAGAAAUUCCAGAUUCAGGACAUCAUGAUGGAGUUUAAGGGGCCCCUGCCUGCUGGAAUGCUGAUUGAGCGAUCCUCAGACUUUGGCAAGACCUGGCAGGUGUACCAGUACCUGGCUGCUGACUGCACCUCUACCUUCCCCCGGGUGCACCAGGGUCAGCCUCAGAGGUGGCAGGAAGCUCAGUGCCAGUCCCUCCCCCAGAGGCCUAAUGGACGCCUAAAUGGAGGGAAGGUCCAACUUAACAUCAUGGAUUUAGCCUCUGGGAUUCCAACAACCCAAGGUCAAAAGAUUCAAGAGCUAGGGGACAUCACAAACUUGAGAGUCAACUUCACCAAGCUGGGCCCUGUGCCCCAGAGGGGCUACCACCCGCCCAGUGCCUACUAUGCAGUGUCCCAGCUGCGUGUGCAGGGGAGCUGCUUCUGUAAUGGCCACGCUGACCGCUGCGCGCCCACACCUGGAGCCCCUGCUGACCCCUCCACUGCUGUCCAGGUCCAUGAUGUCUGCGUCUGCCAGCACAACACUGCUGGCCCCAAUUGUGACCGCUGUGCACCCUUCUACAACAACCGGCCCUGGAGACCUGCAGAUGAUCAGGAUCCCCAUGAAUGCCAAAGGUGUGACUGCAAUGGGCACUCAGAGAUGUGCCACUUCGACCCAGCUGUGUUUGCUGCCAGCCAGGGAGCACAUGGUGGUGUGUGUGACAACUGCCGGGAUCACACUGAGGGCAAGAACUGUGAGCGGUGUCAGCUGCACUAUUUCCGGAACCGACGACCUGGCAUUCCCAUUCAGGAGACCUGUAUCCCUUGUGAGUGUGACCCAGAUGGGGCAGUACCAGGGGCUCCCUGUGACCCAGUGAGUGGGCAGUGUGUGUGCAAGGAGCAUGUCCAGGGAGAACGCUGUGACCUGUGCAAGCCAGGCUUUACUGGACUCACCUAUACCAACCCUCAGGGCUGCCACCGCUGUGACUGUAACAUCUUGGGGUCCUGGCGGGACAUGCCUUGUGAUGAAGAGAGUGGGCGCUGCCUCUGUCUGCCCAAUGUGGUGGGCCCCAAGUGUGACCAGUGUGCUCCCUACCACUGGAAGCUGGCUAGCGGCCGGGGUUGCGAACCAUGUACCUGCGACCAGCACAACUCCCUCAGUCCCCAAUGCAACCAGUUCACAGGGCAGUGCCCCUGUCGAGAAGGGUUUGGAGGCCUGACAUGCAGUGCCGCAGCCAUCCGCCAGUGUCCAGACCAGACCUAUGGAGACAUGGCCAACAGAUGCCGAGCCUGUGACUGUGAUUUCCGGGGAACUGAGGGCCCAGGCUGUGAGAAGACCUCGGGCCGCUGUCUCUGCCGCCCUGGUUUGACUGGGCCCCGCUGUGACCAGUGCCAGCGAGGCUACUGUGAUCGGUACCCAGUGUGUGUGGCUUGCCAUCCUUGCUUCCAGACCUAUGAUGCAGAACUCCGGAAGCAAGCCCUGCGCCUCAGCGGCCUCCACAAUGCCACUGCCAGUCUGCGGCCUGGGCUGGGCCUAGGAGACCACAGCCUGGCUGCCCAUAUUCUGGACGCAAAGAGCAAGAUUGAUCAGAUCCAAGCAAUUCUCAGCAGUGCUUCAGCCACAGAGCAGGAAGUAGCCCAGGUGGCUAAUGCCAUCUUCUCCAUCAGGCGGACUCUCCAGAGCCUGCAGAUGGAUCUGCCCCUAGAGGAGGAGACACUGUCCCUCCCAGGGGACCUGGAUAGCCUGGACCGGAGCUUCAAUCAUCUCCUUGUUAUGUACCAGAGCAAGAGGGAUCAGUUUGAAAAAAUAAGCGGUGCUGACCCUUCAGGAGCCUUCCGGAUGCUGACUGAAGCCUACAAGCAGUCAUCCCAGGCCACCCAGCAGGUCUCCGAUAGGUCUCUCCUUCUGCGCCAGCUCAGGGACAGACGGAAAGAGGCUGAGCGACUGGAGAGGCAGUUAUCAGGAGGAGGAGGCACCAGUGCCCCACAACUUGCAGCACUGAAGCUGAAGAUGGCUUCCUUCCCUGACCUGACACCCACCAUCAACAAGGUUUGUGGGGGCUCUAGGCAGAUGGCCUGUACCCCCGGAGCAUGCCUUGGUGAACUGUGUCCCCGAGACAAUGGUACAGCCUGUGGCUCACACUGCAGAGGUGCCCUGGCCAGGGCAAGUGGGGCCUUCCGGACUGCAGGGCAGGUGGCUGAGCAACUUCGGGGCUUCAACACCCAGCUCCAGCAGACUUGGCAGAUGAUCAGGGCAGCUGAGGAAGCUGCCUUGCAGAUCCAAAGAGAUGCUCAACGCCUGGAGACCCAGGUGAGCACCAGCCACUCCCAGAUGGAGGAAGAUAUCCAACGCACUCGGCUCCUCAUCCAGCAGGUCCAGGACUUCCUCACAGACCCUGGCACUGAUGCAGCCACCAUCCAGGAAGUCAGUGAGGCGGUGCUGGCCCUGUUGCUGCCAACAGACUCUGCUACUGUUCUGCAAAAGAUGAAUGAGAUCCAGGCAAUCGCGGCCAGGCUCCCCAAUGUGGACCUGGUGCUGUCCCAGACCAAGCAGGACAUUGCGCGGGCCCGCAGGCUGCAGGCUGAGGCUGAGCAGGCCAGGACCCGUGCCCACGUUGUGGAAGGCCAGGUGGAGGAUGUGGUGGGGAACUUGCGGAGGGGUACAGUGGCACUGCAGGAAGCUCAGGACACCAUGCAGGGGACCAGCCGCUCCCUUCGGCUGAUUCAGGAGAGGGUUGCUGAGGUUCAGCAGGUACUGGGGCCAACAGAAAAGCUGGUGAUGGGCAUGACAGAACAGCUGCGUGGCUUCCGGGCACGGAUAGAGGAGCUCCGCCACCAGGCUGGGCAGCAGCAGGCCCAGGCGGCCCAGGCCCAGAAGCUCGCCAAGAGUGCCAACGAGCAGGCAUUGAGUGCUCAGGAGGGAUUUGAAAGAGUAAAGGAAAAGUAUGCGGAGUUGAAGGAACGAUUAGGUCGGAGCCCCAUGUUGGGGGAGCAAGGCAGCCGGAUUUUGAGUGUCAAGAUGGAGGCUGAGGAGCUGUUUGGAGAGACCAUGGAGAUGAUGGACAGGAUGAAAGACAUGGAGUCAGAGCUGCUGCGAGGGAGCCAGGCCAUCAUCCUUCGCUCUGCGGACCUGACUGGGCUGGAGAAGCAUGUGGAACAGAUCCGGGACUACAUCAAUGGGCGUGUGCUCUACUAUGCCACCUGCAAGUGA